ACUUCUAAAAUAAUCCAACGAGAUUUUUAACUGCAAUCGAAGUCACUGGUACAGUAAGUGUAAAGGAUCUUAUUUUGAAUGUCAAUGUCAUAUGAGAUGUCCAGAUCUCAAAUAAGGAGAUUGGACUGUUGGCGUCUGCCAUUCUCACUUCUGCUCCUGGCUUUCUGGGAGGCAGGGAGCGGCCAGGUCCACUACUCGGUCCUGGAGGAGGCCAAACACGGCACCUUCGUGGGCCGCAUCGCCCAGGACCUGGGGCUGGAGCUGGCGGAGCUGGUGCCGCGCCGGUUCCGGGUGGCGUCCAAAGAGCGCGGGGACCUUCUGGAGGUGAAUCUGCAGAAUGGCAUUUUGUUUGUGAAUUCUCGGAUCGACCGGGAGGAGCUGUGCGGGCGGAGCUUGGAGUGCAGCCUGCACCUGGAGGUGAUCGUGGACAGGCCGCUGCAGGUUUUCCAUGUGGAGGUGGAGGUGAGGGACAUCAAUGACAACCCACCUGUAUUCUCACUGGGAGAACAAAAGCUGCUAAUUUGGGAGUCAAAGCAACCUGAAUCGCACUUCCCUCUAGAGGGAGCUUCUGAUGCGGAUAUUGGAGAGAAUGCUCUCCUGAUCUACAGACUUAGUCAAAAUGAUUAUUUUUCUUUAGACUCACCAACAAAUAGUAAGCAGACUAAAAGAGUGUCGCUCACGUUAAUAAAGUCUCUGGAUAGAGAGAAAACUCCUGAACUUCACUUACUACUGACUGCUGCAGACGCGGGGAAGCCGGAGCUCACAGGCACCUCUCAACUCUCCAUUCAGGUAUUGGAUGUUAAUGACAAUGACCCGGAAUUUGACCAAUCAGAAUACAAGGUGAAAUUGACGGAAAAUGCGGCUAAGGAAACUUUUGUGCUAAAGUUAAAUGCUACCGACCGGGAUGAAGGAAUCAAUGGCGAAAUAACAUACUCCCUGAGAGCGAUUAAGCCCACUGGAACCCCUGCAUUUACACUGGAUGAACACAAUGGAGAAGUGAAAGUCAAUGGGACUUUAGAUUAUGAAGAAACCAAAUUUUAUGAAGUUGAAGUACAGGCUACGGAUAAAGGUAACCCCCCAAUGGCAGGUCACUGCACAGUCUUGGUAGAAAUCUUAGAUGCCAACGAUAAUGCACCUGAGGUGACGGUGACGUCACUUUCACUCCCAGUACCUGAGGACGCUCCGCUGGGCACCGUGAUCGCCCUGAUCAGCGUGUCCGACCGAGACUCAGGAGCCAACGGACAGGUGACCUGCUCCCUGUCGCCGCACGCGCCCUUCAAGCUGGUGUCCACCUUCAAGAAUUACUACUCGCUGGUGCUGGACGGCGCCCUGGACCGCGAGAGCGUGGAGCGCUACGCUGUGGUGGUGACGGCGCGCGACGGCGGGGCGCCCGCGCUGUCGGCCACGGCGAGCGUGCGCGUGGAGGUGGCGGACGUGAACGACAACGCGCCGGCCUUCGCGCAGGCCGAGCACACGGUGUUCGUGAGGGAGAACAACGCGCCCGGCUGCCACAUCUUCACGGUGUCGGCGCGCGACGCGGACGCGGGGGAGAACGCGCGCGUGUCGUACUCGCUGGUGGAGCGGCGCGUGGGCGAGCGCGCGCUGUCGAGCUACGUGUCGGUGCACGCGGAGAGCGGGCGCGUGCACGCGCUGCAGCCGCUGGACCGCGAGGAGCUGGAGCUGCUGACGGUGCAGGUGAGCGCGCGCGACGGGGGCGCGCCGCCGCUGGGCAGCAACGUGACGCUGCAGGUGUUCGUGCUGGACGAGAACGACAACGCGCCCGCGCUGCUGGCGGCCGGCGGCGGCCUCGGCGGCGGCGGCGGCCCGGGCGCGCUCAGCCCCAGCUCGCUGGUGGCGCGCGGCCUGGGCGCCGGCCAGGUGGUGGCCAAGGUGCGCGCGGUGGACGCCGACUCGGGCUACAACGCCUGGCUGUCGUACGAGCUGGCGCCCGAGGCGGGCGCGGCGCGCAGCCCGUUCCGCGUGGGGCUCUACACGGGCGAGGUGAGCACGGCGCGCGCCCUGGACGAGGCGGACGCGGCGCGCCAGCGCCUGCUGGUGCUGGUCAGGGACCACGGCGAGCCGGCGCUCACGGCCACCGCCACGCUGCUGCUGUCGCUGGUGGACGGCGGCCAGGCGCCCAAGGCGUCGUCGCGGGCCGCGGCGGAGGGCGCGGCGGGCGCGCGGGCGGCGCUGGUGGACGUGAACGUCUACCUGAUCGUGGCCAUCUGCGCCGUGUCCAGCCUGCUGGUGCUCACGCUGCUGCUGUACGCGGCGCUGCGCUGCUCGGCGCCGCCCAGCCAGGGCGCGUGCGCGGCGGGCAAGCCGGUGCUGGUGUGCUCCAGCGCGGUGGGCAGCUGGUCCUACUCGCAGCAGAGGAGGCAGAGGGUGUGCUCGGGGGAGGGGCCGCCCAAGGCCGACCUCAUGGCCUUCAGCCCUUGUCUUCCACAGUCUGGAGAAGAAUCUUUCAAUCCUUCCAGUGAUGUAAGUUACUGA